UUCUUUCCUUCAAUUUUGGUCUUAAUAGAUUCCCGUCUUCUGCUUACUUCAUUGUCAUCAUCUUUUUCUUCUUCUCCUAAAAAAAUUCCACAAUUUUAAAUCAAAUUGGGGAAAAGAAGAAGAUUAACCCUAAAAUUUCCGACAAAAAUUGAGGAAGGAAUUAGAAUCAACAUUUAGGAUUACAUCAACUCGUUGCAAUCAAUUAUCUUGGUUUAAGCUCUUUCUCAUGAUUUUAUUUUUGGAUUUCAGUAAUUAAAUUAUAGUUUUAGGGUUUACGUAUAUAAAAUUACUAGAAAAAUGGCGAGAAGUAGAUCAUCAUCUUGGUGGAGAUAUGUAAAUCCGGCGUAUUAUUUGAAGCGGCCAAAGAAAUUGGCUAUGUUGUUCAUAGUAUUUGUUAUUGGCACUUUGUUUGUUUGGGAUCGCCAGACUCUACUCAGAGAACACGAGGAGGAAUUAGAAAAGUUGUAUUCAGAGGUCAAUCGGCUGCAUGAUGAGCUUGAAGGGGUAAAAAAUGUUGCAGGGAUAAAGAAUGAUAUUCUGGCAAAAAAGGUUGUAUCAGAUGAUCCUCUUGACGUUGAGCGAAGACAAAAAGUGAAAGAGGCCAUGCUACACGCUUGGACUUCUUAUGAGAAAUAUGCUUGGGGGCAAGAUGAACUUCAGCCCCAGAGCAAGAGUGGUGUCAAUAGCUUUGGAGGUCUUGGAGCUACACUGAUAGACUCAUUGGAUACAUUGUAUAUUAUGGGCCUGGACGAACAGUUCCAGAGAGCUAGAGAGUGGGUUGCCAAUAUGUUGGAUUUCAACAAAGAUUAUGAUGCUAGUGUCUUUGAGACAACCAUAAGAGUUGUAGGGGGACUUUUAAGUGCUUAUGAUCUCUCCAAUGACAAGAUGUUCCUUGAAAAAGCCCAAGAUAUUGCUGAUAGACUGUUACCUGCAUGGGACACGUCUUCCGGUAUACCAUAUAACAUUAUUAACCUGGCGCAUGGAAGACCUCAUAAUCCUGGGUGGACAGGGGGCGACAGCAUAUUAGCAGAUUCAGGCACUGAGCAACUUGAAUUUAUUGCUCUGUCUCAGAGGACAGGAAACCCUAAGUACCAGCAGAAGGUAGAAAAUGUAAUAUCAGUGUUCAAUAAAACCUUCCCUGAUGAUGGUCUGUUGCCUAUAUACAUUAAUCCUAAUAGUGGAGAGGGAUCACGUACAACUAUCACUUUUGGUGCUAUGGGUGACAGCUUUUAUGAAUAUCUACUCAAGGUGUGGAUACAGGGGAAUAAAACUACAUCUGUAAACCUCUACAGAGAUAUGUGGGAAAGAUCUAUGAAUGGGCUUUUAACUCUGAUCCAGAAGACAACACCAUCAUCAUUCACAUAUAUUUGCGAGCGAAAUGGGAAUUCUCUGCAUCAUAAGAUGGAUGAGUUAGCAUGCUUCGCUCCCGGAAUGUUGGCUUUAGGAUCCGCGGGUUAUGGUCCAGGAGAAUCAGAGAAAUUUAUGUCACUUGCUAAGGAGCUGGCAUGGACUUGCUAUAACUUCUACCAGUCGACACCUACUAAAUUAGCAGGGGAGAAUUAUUUCUUUCACUCUGGGCAGGAUAUGUCUGUGGGCAUAUCAUGGAACAUUUUGAGACCAGAAACGGUUGAAUCACUUUUCUAUUUAUGGCGUCUCACUGGAAAUAAGACAUAUCAAGAAUGGGGCUGGAACAUAUUUCAAGCUUUUGAGAAGAACUCUCGUGUAGAGUCAGGUUAUGUAGGGCUCAAGGAUGUAAAUAGUGGUGUUAAAGACAAUAUGAUGCAAAGCUUCUUCCUGGCAGAAACCCUUAAAUACUUGUAUCUUCUCUUUUCACCCUCAACUGUCAUUCCCCUAGAUCAAUGGGUCUUUAAUACUGAGGCUCAUCCGUUAAAAAUUGUUACCCGGAAUGAUAAUGGGGAGAAACAGAACAGACCUGUUAUUCGACAACGUGCUAGGAAGGAAGGUCGAAAUUGACCUAUGGACAAUUUUGAGGUAAUCAAAACUCCGAGAGUAGAUGUUGUACCGAGAUUAAAUACCUGUUUCAACUGUGUUUUGAUUUGAGGCUCCGGUCCAUUAGAUGGCUCAGGGCUCAACGUUCAGGGUUUCUAACUGACUAGGAGGCGUUGUUGCCAUAGCCCAUAAAUGUACUAAUGCUCUGGAUUGGCUUCAUUUUUCAUCGUAUAGGUGUGUAAAAUAGAACAAGUGUACCUUCUUUGCUGUUCAUUGUCAUGCUUCACGAGGCAUUAAGCAAUGCUGCCAUGGCUGUAAUUCAAUCUUAUCUAUCCCCUGUAGUCCUUAGACGUGUUACAGGUUUUUCCAUUUCCGACAAUAGUUGCAUCCCAAAAGGAAUACAAUUGUCUAGUUUCAGUUGUUAAGCAUACACCCUAUGAAUGUAGGAAUUUUCAGAUUACCUUUUUUUUUUUUUUCCUGAGAUGUACGAUGAAAUUCAGCUUUUAACUUCUAAGACACUACAAUUUUUUCCCGAUUAUCUUUAGACA